AUGGCACCGAGAUGGCCGCAGGUAAACAAUGGUCCCGAAAACAUCAACGAGCAUGCCACAUACCUUAGAGAAGCAAGUCACCAAUUGCAGGCCGCGGAUAAGGGCAGGGCCAAUCAAAUACCCUGGAAUGUAGUUCAACCGUACAUUGCAUCCACCGUGGCGCUCAUCAGUAAGGUGCUUCAGCAGCCGUCGAUGAGCGCCGUUCUCCAGCAGAUUCAAGACGCGGCUAAGGGGAUUGAGGUCAUUCGAAGAGACAUCACCGUCGUUAAAGGCUCCGUAGGACUCGGCACCACACCAUUGAACAUUGCGAACUUCACCGGCGGCAAGACUGCUACGCCAUCAUGGGCGCAGGUUGCGGCACAGGCCAAAGGCGCCAUGUUGCCGCUACCGCCACCACCAAUCCAACAAAGCCCACACGCCUACAAGACCUCGGCCCCAGUCACCGCAUACAGAGAUCGGGUUGUCACGGUCAGGCUGAAGGACCAGAGUUUUGUUCAACGGUACCGAAGCCAUCCAGUUGCUUGGACACGACAACAAGUACAAGCCUCAAUACGGCAGAACACCCCCUCCAACUCGGUUAAGGUGGUAGCGGCGUACCAGCUCAAAAGCGGAGAUAUCCAGAUAUUCACCAGCACGACCACGGAAGCCAGACAACUCAAAGAGCACAAAGGCUGGCUGAAAGUGCCCGGGGCACUGGCUAGUGCAACAACUGCCUGGAUCCAACUGAAACAAGCACCGCGUAUCUGGUACCAAACCCUGACCAACUUUCUCCGCAGCUUGGGUUUCGAACCCAUCAACGCGGAUCUCGGGAUCUUUGUCCGGAGCAACGUGUACCUGGCCGUAUACGUCGACGACCUUUUGAUCAUUGGGCCCAGCAUCGCCGAGAUAAAGAAGAUCAAGCGGAGCUUGAAAACCGGUUUCAGAUGA